CUCUCUCUCUCUGUAAAACACACGCGCCGUCUCUCUCUCUCUCUAUUGUUUCCAGACUCUCUCUCUCUGUCUGGCUCUCUCCCUCUCUCAACCUUCUGUCUCUCAAAGAUUCGUCUCCAUUCGUGGUAUUAUAUCAGAGAAUAAGACAUUGUUGUUCCUUGUGUUCAUCUUUUUCUACCCGUUAACCAACCCACCAACCAACAAUCCUCGGAUUCUUUGAUUCCCUUCUCUCUCUUGUCAUUUCACCAAAUCAUCUCUGUUUCUGCAUAUAUAUAUAUAUACAUACAUAUAUAUUGCCAUCUAUUGAAAUGGGUAGGAAGAAUAGGGGGAUAAUGAAGGGUAGGCUAUCAAAAAUAGGAAGUUAUGCGAUUGCUUCCUCAAUUGCCGACCCAUCUUCGAUUUCUUGUACCACCUUCAAUAUUCUCGCCCCCAUUUACAACAGACUCGAUAAAGAUGACCAGAGCUGCCGAGAAAGUGAUUUCAGAGCAUAUUGGCUGAACAGGAACCAAAGAAUAUUGGAUUGGUUGUUGUGCGAACGAUCUUCAAUUAUUUGUCUUCAGGAGUUUUGGGUUGGAAACGAAGAGCUUGUUAACAUGUAUGAAAGGAGACUUGGGGAUGCUGGUUAUAUCAAUUUCAAGCUCGCACGCACCAACAACCGCGGCGAUGGUAUGUUCUUUUAUCUUUUUUCAUAA